UUCUUUUUGCAUUUGAGAGACGUUCACUCUGAGGAGCCACGCUUCACUCUGAGAGACGUUUCCUUCGUCUCUGAGCUCCUGCGCAGUGAGAAUGGAAAAAGGCGAAGGUGAGGAGCCACCCUUCACUCUCCAUGUCAAGUUUUCAGGGAAAACUCUCUCUCUUACUGUCUCCCCCUCCGAAUCAGUUUCCCAUAUCAAAUCUCUCCUCCAAACCCUAACAAAUGUACUCCCUCGAGGCCAGAAACUUAUAUUCAAAGGUAAAAUUCUGGUCGAUUCAUUGUCUUUAAAGUCUUUGGGCUUGUCAGAAGGAUCAAAAAUUAUGCUGAUGGCUUCACACGGUUUACAUCAAGGGGAUGGCCCCAUGAAUGCAAGUAUUCCUCACUCAUCUAACUUGAUGGACAUUUCUCUCAAUCAAGCUGGGAAUGUUAAGAUUGAGGCACCUGCAGGGAAGAGCAGAUUAGAGCGUUGGAGGCUUACUGGGAUAGUUGCGUUGUCAGAAUGUAACUUAAAGGUUGUUCCUGAAGAGAUUUGGGCUUGCGGGGCAGCAAUCCGAGUAUUGGAUCUUAGCCACAACGCGUUGCAGGAGCUGCCCAUUGCUAUUGGAUCUUUGAGCUCUCUUCGUAAAUUACUUCUAAAUGCAAAUGCUCUUCUGGACAAAAAAAUAUGCUGGGAAGGAGUCACUGCUUUGAAGUCUUUAACAAUACUCUCACUAAACCACAACCAGUUAACCACCCUUCCCAGUGCGAUAGGGGCUCUGUCUUCUUUAAAGCAACUACAGAUCGAACACAAUAUGUUGACAAGCUUGCCAAAAGAGAUCGGCCAAUUGACCAGUCUUGAGAUAUUGAAAGUGGAUAACAAUAGACUAACCUUGAUGCCUUCAUCUAUUGGGGAUUGCUGCUCACUUAUUGAGGUUGAUCUCUCAGCAAAUCUUCUGACAAGUUUAGCUGAAACAUUUGAAAAUUUGCAAAAUUUGAAGAUUUUGCGCCUUAGUAACAAUGGGCUGAAGACCCUCCCCCUAGCACUCUUAAAAAAUUGCUCCCAUCUUUGUACCCUAGAUCUUCAUGGCACAGAGAUCACAAUGGACCAUCUUCGAGAGUUGGAAGGAUGGGAGGAUUUUGACACACGCCGUCGAUACAAGCACCACAAACAACUGGAGUUCAGUGUGAUGAGUUCUACAGAGUUUGAUGAAGGCGCAGACUCAAAUAGGGGUGAUAAUUGGUAAACCAUGAAACUGCAGUUGGGGGAAGGAUUACUUAAAUGGCAAUGGAAUCAUGAAGUGGGGAUACGUCGUCCCCCCCAAAUUAUGAAAUUACUUAUGUAGGCAUGAGAAGACAAGUGCUUUGGGGAACUCUGUGUACCCCUGUAAUUUACUAAAAAAUGAUUUAAAGUUUGAAAACUGCGUAAAUGCUCAAUAUGCCUUAAAAGCGAGGUAUGCAAUCUGUAAAAGCUCCUCUAAUCUCCCUUCUCUCUUAAGUAUUAUAGAAACUUUAGUUACCCUACAA